UCAAUCGAACCCGUCCUCGUCAGCGUCGUCAUCAGUAGAAUCCCUCCGAAUGCAGCUCAGCCCGACAUCCACGCACCUGUCGGGUGGGGGGGCUGGUGUCCCGGGCCGCCUGUGCCGCCACACUAAAGCCUCCCCACGUGGCCCUCUUUCAGUCCGCUCAAAGGUCCGGCUCUUGGGGAUGUCGUCCAGGCGAUCAUUCCCCUUCAGGCCAAGAUCGCCCAGCCCCUCUCUCUCAGCCAGAUGCACCAGCACCCGCAGCGUAAAGCCGCACCCUUUCUGGCCGGCCCCGGCCGUGUGGAAGCACAGCUCGAUGACGUCGACCACCCACUGCACGACUCCAGCCUUGAGAGCCCUCAUGGCGCCCGGGUUGAGCACCUGGUCACCCCUUGCAGACAAGGGAAUGACCGCCUUGAUCUCCCGCGCAUUGGUCGAGCGGCAGUGAGGUGGGCGAGUGGAGUUGGCCGCCACCCACUUGCCCAU